AUGUCGCCUUCUCCGAUCCGCUAUCGUGGUCCGUGGAAAAUACAAAAGCGUUCAACCGAGCCUGAUCAAUGGCUUGACGAAAUGGGCUUCUUUCGAAAACAUACAGCGAGAGAUUCCAGUUGCUUAUUUAGGGCUGUUUCGGAAAAUAUAUUUAACACUCAACGUUAUUGUCAAACAGUUAAAAUAAGUUGUAUUGAGUUUAUGUCGUCAAAUCAGCAUUUGUUUGAAGGGUUAUUGAGUUGUACUUUUGAAAGCUAUCUCAAAGAGAUGUCAAAUCCCACUUUUUGGGGCGGGAUGGUUGAAGUGUCAGCCAUGAGCCACUUGUAUAGGCGCGACUUUGUCAUAUUUGAAGCAAACAAAGGGUCACAGACCAAAAUCUGCAAUGGUUAUGGCAAACCUAUUUAUUUAUUCUAUUUCCCUGAUACAAAACACUUUGAUGCAGUUUACACUAAAGAAUUUAUUAGUGAUUCAGCAUUUUGUCAAUCCCUAAUGUACGAGCUUCUAUAUGACCGUGUGUAUCACUUGGAAGACCUUUCAUAUGCUGUCGAUAAGAUGCUCCAUGACAAAGCAUCAAACAAUCAUUUUGAAUACUUCAUGUCAGAAAUUGAACGUAAGAAACAAAAAGAUAGAGCAAAAAUUUUUAUUGAAGAAUCCUGUGAUGACAAAGACAGCAACAAUAACACUGUAACUUUGAAAUGUAAACAUUACACAAAUGAUAUUGAGAAAGCAUCUUUAUUAAAGGAGUCCUUGAGUAUUUACGUAUUUAACAGAAGUCUCAUACAACUUGAAAAUGUAUGUAUGAGUUGCCUGAAUGUGAACAGUGCAAAAGGGUUGCUGGAUAAUGGAGUGACACCAUUUCCAUACAAAGUAGCCAAAGCUUUAGACCCCGAAAUCUAUCGUAACAUUGAGUUUGAUGUUUGGACUGAAUUGAGAAGAGAAUUGCGUUUUGGUGCUAAAUAUUCAGAUGGGACAACAUUGCAAGUGGGCGUAAAAUGCUUAUGUAAGUUAGAAGUAGACCAGGUGAUGCCCUACCAUUGCCACAUUCAAGAAAUGGGGCAAGAGGGAGGCCCAUGUCUAGUAUUCAUUGAGGAGUUGGGGGAGAAGAGAAUAGUUAAAUACGAUCAGUUGGAACCUUUGCCCAUUGAUGAGAUUAAGCCCUGGGCCCCUCCAUACAGAUAUUCUCGUGUCAAUUCUCAACUUAUGAAUUUAAGCCAAAUUUUACAACAAAUCGGCAACAUCGCGCGAAAGCAAAAUUUGAAAUCUGGAAAAAAGGCACGAAAUGAGGAGGCAAAAACAGCGGAGAAGGAAAGAAAUAAAAUAAAUUGGAAUGAAAACAAAACACACAUUACCUAUGAGGCAUACGACUAUCCUCUCCAACAUUUGGAUUCCUAUAACUUCCAUCCAAUGCCAGUUGAAUUAGACGCAACUCCUGUGAUGGUGGACAUACGGGCGGCGGGCGGUCCCGCGCAUGAAAUGAACGGCACUUCCGACACUCAUACCCAGGCAAGCACUAGUGGUGGAGCGGGUGACAUGGGUAACCAUCCCGUGAGCACUCCCGUUUCGGUCAGGGCUUCGACUCCUGCUACGACUAAUGCACUGGCUACCUAUUCCGGUGUGAACGCUGGCCCAGUAGUCGCGCCCCCUCUCGUUGCAUCGACGAUGUCGACCAACGUUCCGUACAAUUGUGGGCCAUACAUGUGCGGGAUGAAAUCCGUGCUCUGGUGCUCGCCCCAUUCGCCCCCUCAACCUCUUGGUCCCGGGGUCGGCGUGCCCGGUAUGGGGGUUCCGAGUGUGUCACACUUGCCUCCUCCGCCACCUCAGAGCGUAAAUCUGCACGUAUUCAAGAGUGUUCAGGCGAAUGGUGCUGAUCUUCCGAUGAAUGACAUUGCCACUCUGCGUUAUUAUUUCAACCUGGGCGUGGAGUGCAUGUGGGCGACCUACGGGCCUCCGCCACAACCGCCUCACGUACCUCCGCCUAUGCACCCCCCGCCGCGACACUAUUCGCCGGCUGCGUUAGCGCAGGAUAUGCAACAGAUGUCCAUGCACGACCGCCCGUCGGGCCACGGCGAGAACAACCAUAAGCACAAACAAGAUAAGAACACGAACAAUAAUAAAGGAAACGGACAGAGGCCGCUUCUUGGGCCCAGAUUCAAACGUGGCAACAAUCAGGACAACAACCAGAACAACAAUCACAACCAGAAUAAGGGACACAGCAACAACAUUAACAAUAAAGGGCCGAACAACCGUCGCAGCUCGUACAUCGAGAACCGCACGCCCGCGCCGUACGCCGGAGAGGAGAUGGCGAACGCGGGUGGGCCGGUGGAGGCGCCCAUCGUCACGUUCCCCUACGCACCGUAUCCGCCGCCCAUGUACCCCGUGCCCUACUACCAUAUCGAUGACCCCGCAAUGAUGGGAAUGAUGGGCGGCAUGAGCGGAAUGGGUUACAACAUGUACGAGGACGGAUUGGAGUACGGAGUCCCAGCCGUGUACGGGGCACCGCCCCCCUACCACCCGCACAUGCACCACCCGCCCCCGCAACCCCCCGUGCCGCACGAACCCAAGUGUAGUCUUAUUAAGCGAAACAUCAACUGUGAAUUGGAAGUCGGACGAGGGUCAGUCCAAAAUGGAUAUCAAUGUUCUGCCCUUGAACGUUUAGCGCUAAUUCACAGACUACCCUCUAGGUGUUUUGAAUACUCUCAAUGUAUGUCAAUAAAAGUGGAAAUUGUCCAUGAGCCAGUGCUCCUUGGCGAAGGGCCGCAUUGGGAUGAGAAACGGCAGUCAUUAUUUUUUGUCGACAUCAAUAGCGGUUGUGUGCACAAAUAUGUACCGGCGACCGGCGAACGAACGAAGGCUAAAGUAGGGGGCGGAAAAGUGGGCUUUAUUGUACCCGUCGAGGGGUCUGAGCAUCAGUUCGUUGUUGGCGUAGAACAAGUUUUUAAGAUCAUAGAAUGGGAUGGACUGAGCAGUGAAGCGAAGGAUAUUAGAAUUUUGGGCACUGUUGACCAAGACAAUAAGGCGCAAACCAGGAUUAACGACGGAAAAGCCGACCCUAAGGGCAGGAUCUACGCCGGUUCUAUGUGUAAGGAGAACUCCUCAGGUGCUAUAGAGGAAAAUAAGGGAUCGCUGUUUAAUCUCGACAACACAGGAAAAAUCAAAAAGUUGUUUGGGGGUAUAUUUGUCUCGAAUGGCCUGGCGUGGGAUGUUAAAGAGAAAGCUAUGUACUACACGGAUUCGUUAGAGUACAAUAUUAGACGAUAUGACUAUGACGUUGACACUGGAGCCAUCAGUAAUUUGAGGUACGUUUUCGACUUUAAGAAGAACGGCUUACAAGGAGCACCCGAUGGCACCACUAUCGACGACGAUGGCAAUUUGUGGAUCGCGGCAUUCAAUGAGUCCUGUGUGAUUAAGGUGAACCCGCGGACGGGCGAGUUGCUGCAAAAAGUUCCCAUCCCUGUAGCGCAAGUCACAUCUGUGGCGUUUGGAGGUCCCGACCUUGAUGUUCUCUUUGUGACCACAGCCAAUAUCGACUUCGGAUUAGCUCCAGGUCCUCAGGCGGGCUCGACCUUUGUGGUGACUGGUUUGGGUGUAAAAGGAUUACCGAGCCACAAUUACGUGUUACAAAACUAA